AUGUCUAUUGAUGAAGGACAAAAACUGCUUGAAGAACAUCAGUGCCCUUAUACAAAUUGCUAUGUAACGACAAAUAAAAAUCUUCUUAACGGAGACUACACGCAGUUCGAUGCAAUCGUCUACAAUAUAUCAUCAAUUUCCAAUUGGAACAAGGAUCUAGCAAAAAACCGAUCUGUUCACCAAAAAUUUGUAUUUCACAGCGUCCAAUCGUCAGAGGAGUAUCCCGUGUGCAAUGUUUUCACUGAUGAUUAUUUCAAUUUAACUUGGACGUAUAAAUUAGAUUCUGAUAUUGUGAGUCCAUUCCUUGAAGUGAGAGAUUUGGAGGGAAAUGUUGUAGCACCGAAGCAGGACGUGAAAUGGAAUGUUUCUUUGCACAAUAUAAAUGACAGCGUAAAAGAACGUUUACGGAACAAAAGGAGAGCUAUGAUGUGGAUUGUUGAUACUUGUGAUACAAGCAAUUCAAGGCUUGACCUCGCCAAGCAAAUGCAAUCACUGUUUAGAAAGAACUUUCUAGAUUUCGAUAUAUAUGGAUGUGAUAUGUUUGAAUGUCCCGAUGCUGUAUGUUAUAGAAUUAUAGAAAAGUAUUAUUUCUACUUCGUGGCUGAAGAUAGCAAUGCUGUUGAUUACGUGACGGCAGAAGUGCUCAAAGCUUAUAAAAAUUACGCUGUACCGGUUGUAUAUGGAGGUGCUGAUUAUAAAAAAUUCCUACCCACCGGUUCCUACAUCAAUCUGAACUCCACGUCUAUGGAUGGUAUCGUCGCAUUACUAGAAUACAUCAUGAAAAACCCCGAGGUGUAUUAUACCUACCACAGAUGGAGAACAAAUUAUAUAUUCAAGAAAACAAAGGCCUUGACAGGUAUCUGUGGAUUAUGCGCUAAAUUGAACGAGUGGGGAGGCACCAAAACAAAGAAAGAUUUAAGGAGUUGGUGGUAUAAUAAGCCUCUGUUUAAUCGCUGCGUCCCUGGUGGCGCCGAAUCAUUCUCCGAAGUCUUUUCUUAUGUUAAUAGUUCUAGGCAUAGACUUUAG